CAAAUAAGUAAAUCAAAGGAAACGUAUUAAAGAAUGCUACAGAGAACCAAGUUUUAAAUAUCUGGUUCAAGCCUACCAUUCCAAAACAAAACAAUCUACCAUUCUUACUUUCUUAACAUCCAAAAUCAAUCAGUUUCCAUUUUUCCGUGCAAUACAUAUCUUAACAAUGCUCCCAUUCUUCCACUAGAUUGAUUGGAGAAUGGAUGCGGCGUCCCUGCAGAUCCCCCUUGUUGAGCACACCAAUGAAUGUAGCACAUCAAGAUGUGUUUACUUCGUUCGGACAUUUGGGUUGGAAUCAAAGAAGUUAUGGAGAAUCACAGGUCCUGCUAUAAUGAAUCGAGUGGCAAUGUAUGGGGUGCCUGUCAUCACUCAAGCGUUUGUAGGACAAAUUGGUGAUUUAGAGCUUGCUGCCAUUUCCAUGAUCAUCAAUGUCAUCUGGGGCUUCAAUUUUGGUCUAUUGUUGGGACUGGGAAGUGCCCUCCAAACUCUUUGUGGACAAGCUUUUGGUGCUCAACAAUAUACAAUGUUAGGAAUAUAUCUGCAACGCUCAUGGAUUGUUGUUACCAGCUUUGCAGUGAUAGUUCUGCCUGUUUAUAUAUUUGCUUCCCCUAUUCUCAAGUUGUUGGGGCAAGCAGAUGAUAUAGCUGAAUUAACAGGCAAAGUGGCCAUCUGGUGCAUCCCCAUGCAUUUCUCUCUGGUUCUUUGGUGGACAACUACCUGGUAUCUCCAGGCCCAAUUAAAAAACAUGGUCAUUGCCUACACAGCAAGCGUGGCUCUAAUACUCCAUGUUUUGAUGAGUUGGGUAUUUACUGUGAAGCUUGGUUGGGGUCUUGCAGGUGCAGUUGCAUCAAUGAAUUUUGCAUGGUGUUGGCCCUCAGUUACCCUGUUUUUCUAUAUUAUCUGUGGUGGCUGUCCCCUUACCUGGAAAGGAUUUUCUUUGGAUGCGUUCUCACAACUUUGGUCCUACCUUAAAUUGUCAGUGAGUUCGGGAAUCAUGUUAAGUGUUGAGAUAUGGUAUAUGAGAUUGAUAUUACUACUCACAUUCAAGCUUCAAAACCUUGAAGUAGCAGAUGACUCACUUUCUAUUUGUAUGACUAUUAAUGGAUGGGAGUUUAUGAUACCCAUAGCCUUUCUUGUUGGAACCAGUGUGAGGGUGUCAAAUGAGCUUGGAGCUGGAAACGGCAAAGCAGCCAAAUUUUCUGCAGUUGUCUCAGCAACAACUUCUCUUGUGAUUGGAAUUGUAAUUUUCGUCCUCCUCAUUAUCUUCCGCAAUAGUUUUGCUUCUUUAUUCACACAAAGUGCCACCAUCCAGCAAGCAGUUUCAAAACUGGCACUCUUAUUAGCAUUCACCAUUCUUCUCAACAGUGUGCAGCCAGUUCUCUCAGGUGUGGCGAUUGGAACAGGAAAACAAUAUAUCAUUGCUUAUGUGAAUGUAAUAUCGUAUUUCGUAAUUGGAGUGCCACUGGGAGCUAUUCUUGGUUAUUUGUUUCAUUUGGAUGUAAUGGGUAUCUGGACGGGAAUGCUGUGUGGGACUGCAGUUCAGACGGCUGCAAUUAUGUUUAUUGUAUUCCGAAGUGAUUGGAAACGAGAGGCAAUAAUUGCCACCAGCCGUGUCAAAACGUGGUCGUCUUCACACCGUCGAAGGGAGGAACAGCCAUAGAAAACUGGAACAGCAGUGCCCACAUGAAGAUAAUUUUUUUUUUUCUCAGUUGAAGAAGGAAUAAGGACUUAGUUUUAAUCAUGGUAAUGCAGUACUUUGUUCGAGUUUGUACACAAGAAUCUAAAAAAUGACAUUUAAUUGAUUGAAUUUACAUUUUUUUGAA